AUGCGACCGGCGCAGGCGCGCAGGGAUGUGCUCGCGUCGCUGCGCAUGGCCUCAAUGGAGGAGAUUGCGCGGGCCUCGCUGCCCGCUGAAAUUAUGACUUCCAUUUUGGAUUACUUAGACCCCGUUGACCUCAUUCGAGCUGCACGAUCGAGCAAACUGUUGCAUGAAAUGGCAUAUGACGAUACGCGAUGGGUUCAACUAUUGAAGCGGAUUGGAUGUUGGAACGAGGCAGAUGCGCGGAAACACGUUGAGGCGUCCUAUGGAAAAAUUGCCAAUCCGCAUCUUGGAGAUCAUGAUGGUAUGCCUGCACAAGAAGGCGGUGUAAUACCAUCUAUACUGGUCGAACCAGCCCCGGUCCCAACGGUGCAGGAGGUGUCUGACGGAUUCGACAAAAUUGACUUGGUCAAUACGAGCUUGAUAUCUACACCGGAGGUGGAGGAUGGAAACGACCCGGAUCUCGUGAUAUUGAAAUCUGCAAAAUCAAUACGGGGCGAGGCACGGCAGCAGUAUGGAAGAAUUCAUGGUGCUCUAGCGCCGUUCUACAGCGACAUCGCACAAAAAGGUCCCUCAAUGGACAAUUUGGUCUUCACCCGAUAUAAAGAUCCCCAAUCACGAGCACAGAUGCUGUCGCAGCUGGUAGCGUUCUCAAGAUCUGAUAUGACAGACGGUUGGCAGGAUCGGACCGAUCGUCUUGAGAGAACAGUAGCCUUGUUCGAAACGGCCUCUUUGAAUGAGUUCCGGAACGCAUACGAAGCUGACGACAUCGAUGAGAAUAUGCGAAAGUACGCCCAUGUGCUCUGGACACUGAAUGGUGGCCAAGGGGCUGUCGACGCAUUCAUUGACCAUAACCAUUUGAUGACUCGUCGAACUGAGCUGGGCACCGUGGCAGACUGCAUUGAUGCGUCUGGAAAGAUCAAAUUGCAGCAUACGCAAGCGUACUUUACGCGAUUAAGCGUUGCCUUCAACGAGGAGAUUGCUGUCAUGAAUCGAGCCUUUCCUCCUGAAUUAGAUGUCGCAUCACCAUUUUUGGAAAAAGUGGGAAAAGAGUUGCUCUAUCCAUUCCUCACGGCCAUCUUCGACGAGCUGCAUCGCAGCAACAUGGAAGCAUAUCUCACCGCUGUCUCGGUGACCUUCGUACAGUGCCUCAAUCUGUCCGAAUCUCUCCUGCCCGUUAGAAACUCUGGCGAAAUGUUCGACCAGUACUUGGACUCGGUCGUGAUCAAGAUUUUCGAGCCGCAUAUUGAUCUGUAUCUCGCGGAAGAACUCGACUUCUUUCGUAAGGGGUGCGAGGCUGCCAUUGAUGAUUGGGACCGUCAACUCUCCGAGCAGGCUGCCUCUGCCGAGUCAUUCCUCAUGUCCAAUAUCAACCGCCAGGCUGACAAGCGAGAUUUCCUCACGUCAUUCAAAAAGGUGAUUAUGAUGCCCGUGAACAUUUUGCCGGGAUUUUCGGGAAACAAAGCCACGAAUGGUGGGCCCGCGACUGGCCCCGAAGUAAACGGCGCCGUUGCAUCUGCAGCGAAAAACCCGAAUCGAUUUUCUACCAUUGCGUCUCCAGCAACACCGACGUUAGAGGAGGCCCCUACUACGGAGCUAGCUGCGAAGGCGGCGAUCAUGAAGACAAAAAUGGAGGGUAUCAAAUCCCUGUUCAGCAUUGAAAUCGCUCUGAAUCUCGUGCAUUCAGCCAAGUCCAGUCUAGAAAGAGCGGCGCAAUUUGUACGCUUGGGCGGAGAGUACGGACGGGCGGCGAAGCGUCAAUGCGAGGCGAUCUUUGUCGCUCUCCUCCGUCUGCUUGGUCAUCGCCACGUGAUUGUUGGCUUUGACAAAGCUGUUGAUCAUCUCUCCAACUAUCGGCCACGAGAGCAGGAAGAGCGCGAUUCUUCGGGGGUGGAGCCCCUGGUGACCUUCUUGGAGCUGGUCAAUGUGGGCGACCUCAUUUUGCAGAUGGUGGAUGUCUUCUAUGAGCAAGAGCUGAUCGCUACGAGGUUGACGGAUCGGCAAGACUUUCUUGACCCUGCCGUUAAAGAGAAGAAAAAGUUUGAGCAGAUGCUGGAUGAACGUGUGGCUGCAGGCCUCAACAAAGGCAUCGAUGUCCUGAUGGAGGAGGUAGAUUACAUGCUCGCGACACGACAGCUUGCGACUGAUUUCAAUCCCGGCGUCUCCGCAGAUCCUCACCGACAGACAAUGGACGUCGGCAUCAGUCAAGCAGCGGCGGCCGUGGUCGAUGUUGUUUCGUCCCAUACACAGAUGUUGGUCGGUAGUACCGACAAGAGCACCCUGGACGUGUUCAACCAGGAAGUCGGUCUGCGCCUGUUCACUGCGCUCUGUAAACAUCUGAAGCGACAGCGAAUCAGCGUCGAAGGCUCUCUGAAGCUGAUCAGCGACAUGAAUCAUUACUUCAAGUUCGUUCAAAGCCUUCGAAACAACGAGCUUUUGGUUUAUUUCAAGGCCUUCCGUGAACUGGCUCAGAUCUACUUGAUUGAUCCAUCUGACGCCAAAGAACUGGCAACCAUCAUUGCCGACGCCGAUCGGUUUCACGGCAUCUGGCGGGUGGAGGAAGUCUUGGAAUUUGCGGAGCGCCGAGUGGACUGGUAUCAGGUCAAAGGAGAUGUAGAGCGAGCCAUGUACGGCGCCAAUUGUAGCAUGAUGUAA